ACAUGGUUCUAUCCUACCAGAGAGAGGAAGCUCACACACUGGCACAUACUGAAACUGCAAGAGUGGACACGACAUUUUGUAAAGUCAUUGAACCCUGAGCUCUCUUGCAGUACAAAGGAAGCCAUGCAGGAUGAAGACGGAUACGUCACCUUAAACGUUAAAGCUCGAAAGCCAACUCUCACCUCAGUUGAGCCUGCUUCCUCCCCCUGGUGGCGUGCGGUGGCUUUGAUUCUGCUGGUCUUGUGCCUGGGGAUGGUCGUUGGCAUGGUGGCUCUGGGGAUUAUGUCUGUCACGCAGCAAAACUACCUACAAGCUCAGAAUGAAAAUCUCUCAGGAACUCUACAACAAUUAGCAAAGCACGUCUGCCAAAAUUUAUUGAAACAAUUGGAAAAAGAGGGCACUUUCAGCCAUAAAUGCAGCCCCUGUGACACAAACUGGAGAUAUCAUGGAGAUAGUUGCUAUGGGUUCUUCAGGCGCAACUUGACGUGGGAAGAGAGUAAGCAGUACUGCACUGACAUGAAUGCUACUCUCCUGAAGAUUGCCAAUGAGAACAUUCUGCAAUACCUCAAAGCCAGGACUAGUUUAAUUCGUUGGAUUGGAUUGUCCCGCCAGAACUCUAAUGGUGUCUGGAUGUGGGAAGAUGGCUCGGUUCUCUCCAAAAAUAUGUUUGAACUUUCUGGAGAUGCAAAAGAAAAUAUGAAUUGUGCUUAUUUUCAUAAUGGGAAGAUAUACCCUACUUUCUGUACGAACAAACUUUAUUUAAUGUGUGAGAGGAAGGCUGGCAUGGCAAAAUUUGAUCAACUAUUUUAAUGCAAAGAAAUGGACAUGACAUCACAGACAAGUACUUGACUGCACAAUAAAAGAUCUGGAUGAAGAAAUCCCUAGCCAUAAAAUUGCUUUUUUCAUCCUUU